AUGCACCCCCUCAACAGCACCGUGCCCCGCCAACGGUGCUGUAGACCCUCCGCCGUCUCAACUUCCCCUCCUUUUCCUCGGUUCCCUUCAAUCCCCCCUUCCCGCGUAUCCCUUAUCUCAUGGAGCACCGCAAGCCCAGCCUCCCCGCCUACCUAUGAGCAGGCGCGAUUUUCCCUCAGCGGAGCUUCCGUUCGGAGCGGCAGCGGAUUUUCCCGCGGCACCGUGGGAGCUGAGACCAGCGCCUGUUGCGGCAACAGCAGCCGCCAUCGCCGCUCCGCCAUUUUUUGCGUGUCGUCUUCCGCGCGCGCCCCAAAUCCGCUCUCCUUACCCGCACGUGGGGGAUUUCUAACCGCGGGGAAGAAUGUUGACACGAGGGGAAACUCCGCAUGUGCGCGGAGCAACCAGGGAACGCGGAAUGGGAUUUUGUCGCAAGGAGGCGUUGGGGUUGCAAACAGGCCUUUCCUCAAAGGGAUGGGGGUGGGGCCGGGGCUUCGGAGAACAGGAGUGGACGGAUUCGGGGGACGUAGAGGGGCGGGGAAAGUUGGUGCGCGAAGAAGAGUGGUGGUGCAAGCUGUGGGUCCCGAGAUAGGCUCGAAUGCGGCGUACGAUGUGAUUGGGUCGCUGGGGCUCGAUACACUCACGUUCCUGGUGGCCACCGUUAUUGUCAUCCCCGCAUUUAAGAGCCUCAAAAUAAGCCCGCUCUUUGAAAUGGGCCUCGAGCUCUCCCUCGAGCGACUCAGAGCACUCGCCAAGUUCGCAUUCGGCAUGGGCCUUCCCCAGGUUCUCCUCACUACGCUUGCCUUCACAGCGUUCGAGCUGCCAAUCGACAAUGCCAUUGGCACGCGCGCACUCGAAUUCCUCUUUGGGGCCAAAGCUGAUCUGGUGAAUAUCCGGUCACUAGAUGAGGCCAUUGUCAUCGGAGCUGCUCUUGCGCUCUCCUCCUCCGCCUUCGUGCUUCAGUUGUUGUCUGAAAAGGGUGAGCUCGCCACUCGCUACGGGUCGGCAACUCUCGGCAUCUUGCUGCUGCAGGACAUUGCAGUCGUCCCUCUGCUCGUCAUUCUCCCCAUCCUCGAAAACGGGGACUUCACCGACGAUUCCAUCUUCCCUCUGCUCGCUCUGGAAGGAGCCAAGGACUUCACGGACGAUUCCAUCUUCCCUCUGCUCGCUCUGGAGGGAGCCAAGUCGCUGCUGGGGCUGGGAGUGCUGCUCUACACGGGCCGAAUCGCUCUGCGACGGCUGUUUGAGUUCGUGGCUGAGUCGCGGAGCUCAGAGGCGUUCAUUGCGCUCUGCCUGCUCACAGUCACGGGAACAGCUCUCAUCACCAGCAAGCUCGGAUUCAGUGACUCGUUGGGAGCGUUCCUAGCAGGAGUACUACUGGCAGAGACCAACUACCGCACACAGCUGGGAGCGUUCCUGGCAGGAGCACUGCUGGCAGAAACGAAUUACCGCACACAGGUGGAGGCGGACAUCCGCCCCUUCAGAGGGCUGCUGCUGGGGCUCUUCUUCGUCACCACUGGCAGCUCCAUCGACCUCAACCUGCUGGCAUCGGAGUGGCCCAACAUCCUGGCUCUCCUCGUGGGCCUCAUAGGCAUCAAGGCAGCCAUCAUCACGGCUCUAGGGCCGCGUGUGGGGCUCACUCUCUCGGAGUCCGUUCGCACGGGGCUGCUGCUGUCCCAAGGGGGCGAGUUCGCCUUCGUUGUCUUCGCCCUUGCUAACCAAUUAGGCGUGCUCCCCUUGGAGCUGAACCGCCUGCUCACCAUCGUGGUGGUGCUAUCCAUGGCGCUCAGCACCCUCUCUUCCCCCUUCUCCCCUCCUUUCCUCCCUCCUCCCUUUCCUACCUCCCUCCCCUUCCCCCCACAACCAAUUCAGGCUGGGCGUGCUCCCCUUGGAGCUCAACCGUCUGCUUAUCAUCGUGGUGGUGCUCUCCAUACUAGGCGUGCUGCCAUUGGAGCUGAACCGGCUGCUCAUCAUCGUGGUGGCGUGCUGCCAUUGGAGCUGAACCGGCUGCUCAUCAUCGUGGUGGUGCUAUCCAUGGCGCUCACGCCCUUCCUGGACGCCCUGGGGCGCCGAGCAGCCGAGUACAUAGAGGACAACAUCGAAUCCAGGGACGCUGCCACUGUUGCUGCCGGGGGCGUGGGUGGUGGGGCGGCUGUUGGUAGACUGGGAGCAGGCGGCAAUGGGGCGAUGAGUGGAGCCGAUGGCGGCAUGGAAGGCGAAGCGGCAGGCGCAUCCCACUCUACACACUUCGCCGGUGCGGAGCCGAUAGUCAUUCUGGGGUUCAACCAGAUGGGGCAGGUGCUGGCCAACUUCCUCUCCACGCCGCUUGCAGCGGGGUCAGGGGGAGACGCUGCUGGUUGGAACUUCAUCUCCUUCGAUCUCAACCCCAAGCGCGUGCGGCUUGGCGCAUCGCUCGGUUUCCCCGUCCUGUAUGGCGACGGCAGCCGCCCGGCAGUGCUGGAAUCGGCCGGCAUUCGCCGCCCCAAGGCCUUCAUGGUCGUCUAUUCCAGCCGCACCCGAUCCGUGGCUUCAAUCGAGCGGCUCAAAGAGGCUUUUCCUGGGGUACCUCUGUAUGCACGGGCAGUGGACUCAAUGCAUCUGUCGGAGCUCAGGCGAGCAGGGGCCACUGACGUGGUGUUGGAGAGCGCUGAGACUGGUCUCCUCCUCGGCUCCAUGAUGCUACAGGGCAUGGGGGUGAUGCGAGAUGAUGUGACUGGUCUGCGUCUGGGCUCCAUGCUUCUACAGGACAUGGGGGUGAUGAGAGACGAUGUGGUGUUUGUGCGGCGCCUCAUGCGGGACGCCAUGGACCAGAGGGCUCUCUCUGCUUCCUCCUCCUCCCAAUCCUCCGACCUCAUCUCCUCCCGCCCUCUUCUCGACACUCUCAAGGAAACACUCGGUCGUAGAGCCAUUCGGCCCAUAGAACCCACAGCCUUUCUCAUGAAUAAACAAGACGAGCGUACUGCCGCUCCUUCAUCUGCAGCAUCCGCUGCUGCAUCUGCAGCUCUUUCUGCUGUCGAUGGGGACACGCGGCAGCAGGAGAAUCCUGCUAAAGUUGCCGCGUUUACCGCCACUCGUGCAUCUGCAGUGGCUGCUGCAGCUGCAGCUGCCGCUACAGUGGGCGUGCUUGUCGCGAGCAAAGCAGACGAAACAGCAGCAGCUCCAAAAGAAGAGGGCGAGGACACACAAGCAGGGAUCAAAGAAGCACCCGUAGCAAGGGGUUUCGGUGCAGAGAUCCCAUCCCUCGACUCCCCAUUGGGUAUCAACCCUGUAUUCGUACUGGCAGACGCCCAGGCUACUCCUGACGGCAUGCUUCAGUACUUCUCCGAGGGAGAGGACUUUGUUGACCGGAAUCUCAGCCUUGAUGCCAGUCAGCUGCCUGCUGCAAGCGCUGCAAUGCCGCCGUCAUUGGACUCACCAGUGGUGCUGGGAGAGGGGUUUGACUCGGAAGGAGGGCAAGCUGGGGCGGGUGAGAGGCUGGUUUACUUUUCAGAUGGGGAUGACUUUGUGGAUGUCAAGCUGGAGCUUCCCCAGUCCGGCGAUUUCCCUAGAGAAAAGUAA